UGAUGAAGCCUAUUCUAUAAGUAUAUUUGUUAGACUAAAUGAUUUUUAACCCUCAGCUCUAUUUCAUCUUAAAGGUUUGAAACUUCGAAGGUAGUGAAAUGUUCUUAAAACAAAUGUGACCGUCGUAACCAUGAGCUACGACAAGGAAGCCGCCGGGGAGGUCAACAAAGCUUUGACAACAAUCUCUGCAAGCUUCUCGUUAUUAGGAACUUUUUUGAUCAUUGCAACAUUUUUAGCAUGGAAGGACUUUAGAUCAAAUUCCAGGCGAAUAUUGGUGUACAUUUCCAUCGCUGAUUUCCACAUAGCGGGAGGAAACUUACUCGGAGUAUGGCUGGUAGACGAGAAUAACAACGCGUGUAAGGCUCAGAGUUUUAUUUCAACAUGUGCUUCGCUUUGGUCGUUUUUUUGGACGGUUUUUCUUGGCAUAUAUAUGUACACUGCUGUGGCGAGACAACGGGGUAACAAAGCUGAUGAAAUGAUGAAAUUUUUCCACAUCAUUGGAUGGGGUCUCCCUCUGGUUAUUGUGAGUGUUGCGCUUGGACUUGGAAAGUUAGGCCAAGAUCAUGUAGAUAGUGCUGGCUGGUGCUGGAUUGACGGGCGUUUGAAGAAAGGAGAGAAAGAAAUAUGGAUGUUAUUCACAGGAAAAGCCUGGGAAAUAACUGCUUAUUUUCUUUGCUCAAUAUUUUACCUGAUGUUAAAGUGUCGAAUUCGCAAGGAGGUAAGUGAAGGUUCUCUUUGUAUUUCUAGGACUGGGAAAGUGUUGUCCAUAAUUUUGGAUUGGGGGUGUGGUCUGCCUCACUGUGCUUAAACUGUCAGGAAAAUUUUUCUGCACCAGACACUUUCCUUUCUGGUGCUCAACAAACCACAUAAAUUAAUUGUGUGUCGUUCUGCAUCUUGAAAAUUUUUAGUAUUUUCUUCUUGUCAUUUCCUAAGUAUCUAUUCACGCACACCAUGAACAUUGACAGGUUACAGUAGAUAUUAAACAUGUUUAAAAAGUUCGACUUUUUUUCUGACAAAGUAAAAUAUAAUGGACAUUUUUUUCUCUCCUCCAGAUAUAUAAUGAGAAAGCGCAGUUUUCAUCUCCUCAGUCAAAGGAAGCUGCCAUAAAAGCCGAAAAAAGAUUGAUGCUAGUUCCAGUCACGUUCAUUUUAAUUCGCAUUUGGGGAACACUUCGCUUCAUCCUUUACACUUUCGCUGGUGUUCACAGUUUGAAUACAACUUACGGAACAGUAUUUCUUUAUCUACAGGUUAGUUUUUUGUGAUGUGCAGCUCAGUGUGACUUUUUUCUCGACUGGUGUGGUGGCCAAUCUUACUAUCUUCUGUGUUCUAAUUUUGUUAAAAUGUCUAUGACGAUCAAAAUCACGAGACACUCAAGAGAAUUGGAUUCCCGUGUGGGUACUCGGCACCCGUGAAGUCCUGUCAGUUUGACCCCAUUACCCGAUUCGCGGAACAUCGAUAAAAAAAACCCCUUUGCCUUUCGGUUUCACAUUAUCUAUCGGAAAUCCAUCCAUCAAUCAAUCAAUGUUGUUAAUUCAUAGUCAACAGCUCAAUAACUUAUUAUUACACCUCACCCAUGAUAAUCAUUUCGUUCUAACUUAAAACAAUGUCGCACAGAGCCCCUCAAAGGAUGGCUGCAAAGGAGAUACUCGAAAGCUAGCAAACUUUUUUGCUAUAAAAAAUUUUACUUGUAUCAGAUGAAUGUGACAAUGUGAACAGCGAAAUGUUUCACUAUCACACUGUCACGCAAACUUGCGGCUACAUGGACUUCGUAUUCAAGAUAAUACAACACAGUACAACUUAUUAGUUACAAUACAUUAGUAUUAGCUACAAUUUAUUAGUUAUGUGUGUGGUCAGAGUUAAGCUCUGUUGCUAAAGUAUAGUCAAGAACGCGCGCUGAAUAUGUCUACUUUCAAUCACAGUUUACGGGGAGAUUUCAGUGGGUCUUGUAAAAAUGUAAGAGGCUGGAAAAUGAAACUUUAGUGGGAUUCCCUAUGAUUCAUGACCCUUAAACUACUGUGACUUGAAUUAAUUGAGCGGAUAUUGCCCAUACUAGGGGGUAGGGGGUAGGGGGAGGGAAUACUCUAGAAAAUUAUAUAGUCGGCCCAGAAGGCCUUUGUUAUUUUCCUGUAUCGUCUUUUGUAAGGUUUUUCAAAGAACUGCUUAGGAAGGAAUGGGUAAAGCGAUUAUUCCAGCAGGAAUAACGUCCAUUGUUUUUUUGUCAUAAAUCAAAUUUCUUUCCUUUCUUUGCUCUAUAGGGAAUUGGUGACAGUAGCCAGGGCUUUGCAAACUUCUUGCUGUUUUGCUUCUUCACUGAAAAAUUCCAAAGUUGUCUAAAUUAUAGCGUUCAGAAACUUUCGCUGAAUUGCAAGAGAUCAUUCACCCCUUCAUCGAUGGUGGAACUCGAAAUAUCUAGCCAAAAAACACGUAGUAUCCAGUCAACAGAUGAGAGGUCAUAUCUACUGCCUAAACCAGACAUCGAAAGAGGUCCUUAA